GAGAGUAUUGAAGCUCAGUUUCUCUCCCACAGGCACAGGCAGACUGAUCUCUCCUGCAGCUGAGCUGCUGCUGCUGCUGCUGCUACUGCUGCUUAUAGUACAGGACUCCAUAUUCCUUCCUAUCAACUCCUGCUUCUCAGCUGGGAAAGGGUCACUUUGAGCACCAGUGUGCCUGGAGGGCUGCUGGAUGGAGGACACCAUGUGACCUACAGACAGCCAGGAAAAGGCAGGCAGCAUGCUUCGUCUGCGGGGGGCACUGGUAGUUUGCUUCUUGCUCUUGUUCUUCAGCUCCGUCUGUGAAGGGUUUUUCGGCAAAAAGAGGCCAAAGCCCACUGCACAAUCAAAGGAAGCCUCAGGCAUAUGGGGAGGGUCCUACUUUGGAAAAUGGAUUCCGGAAGUGAAACUUCCAAUUCCACCUUUGAGUUCUUUGGGACUGCCCUUGAAUUUCUUGCCAGGGACUGUGGAAGGACAGGUUGCCACAACUUUACAAAACCCAACAACAGAAAGUCCACCAACAAAUACAGACAUUAUGAACAUACAAUAUUUAAAAGGGUCUUUGAGAGCAAACGUUGCCACAACUGUACAAAAUCCACCAACAAAAAGUCAACCAACAAGUACAGACACUGCCAAUGUACAAGAUUUCAAAGAGUCUUUAAAGGCACAGGUUGCCUCAACUGUACAAAACCCACCAACAGAAAGACCACAAACAAGUGCCAACAUCAUCACCUCACAAGAUUACAAACUGUCAUUAAAGACAGAUGUUGUAACAACUGUGCAAAAUCUAACAACAGGAAGUCCCCCAAUAAGUGCAGACAUCAUCAAUGUUCAGAAAGGCAAUAGAGGACUGGUGAUGGCACGACUUACCACACCUUCUUACCAGUCAAUCACAGUAGUUCCGUCUGAUAACGUCACAACUACCCCUGCUCCAAAAGGAACUGUUCUUCCACAAAGGGGUACCAGACCACCCAAAGAUGAACUCCUCAGAGCAAGACAUCAAACAGACAAUCCCAAGCCCAUAUUACAACCUUACCCAAGCUAUGACCUUGAUCUCUGGCCCUCCAAUGGAGGUAGUAACACAGAAAAAGCAUCUACACAAGAUACCCAUGGAUAUGUGAUCAUAACAUCAGAUUCUUCUAUACAGGAAUCAUCAACCUCCACAACACAGGUGAGCUGGAGCGCCAAGCCAACCACCAAGUCUGUCAAAUUACAAAAUGCAAAGAAGAAAAGACCCCAAAACAAACCAAUUUCCACAACCACUGGUUUCCAGACAUCAGAGUUACCAUCAUCAGAGCCCAGGCUACAUCCCACUCCACCAACACCGGUUCAGUCAACUACUAUAAAACAGCAGCCAGCUGUUUCCACUUCACUGCCAACUGAAGCCACCACACAGCUCCAGCCUAGUCCCACCACUACCCCGGAGGAUUCCAUCAACCCCAGGCAAGCUGUGGAGGACGUUACAGCCAUGGCAACUGUUCCCAACUGGACUCUGGAGACUGAGGCUACUGAUGGGGAUCCUGAUAGAUUUCCAUGGUCUGUGCCGACUACAAGCGAGCCAGAGGUGGAAAGCUUAAGCAGCAUCCAGGAUUUACCUCACGCUGCUUUAACCACAGAGCCGUCAGCAGGAGCUUUAAAGCCAGAAGCAACAUCCGAGGAGUCCACUGACCCGACAGCAGCGGAAAGAGAGAAGAAAACAUCAACCAGCAUGACAACAUCAAAGACUACAGAUAUGCCCACCACAGCGUCAGAGGACUGGCUGGAAGAUAUGACCCAAGAGUCUGCUCUCCCAGACUGCAACGCAGAACGUUCUGGAAUCUGCAGUUCCAAUGGCACUUGGGCCCCCACCUACCCCAAUGACAAAAGCAGCAGCAACAACAACAACAACAGCAGCGAAGCCACCAGCUCCACAAACCAUUCACAGACCCCAGUCCUGCCUCCAUCACUGCCCAUGCUUGUACCGCUAUAUUCUGACUGGAACAGUGCUAUGGCAGCCUGGGGUUUGGCAUGGGAUGCACAUGUUUAUGGACUGGGCACUGUGUUCUGUCUGAUUUCUCUAGCCUCCGCCCUUAACCUUCUCUGUCUGCCCUUGUGCUGCCCGUCAGGAUGUGGCUACUUUGCUCUGGUCAGCCUUUUCCUGCUGGCUGCAGGCUGCACCAGAGCUUUCGCCCUGCUGUACGAUGCCUACGGACACCAGGACCGCAUGCCAUCCACGGAGGCGUCGUUGCUGUUGUACGAGGCCCCGUUCCCUUGCAUGACCGCAGCCUUUGGCUUGGUCUUCCUCCUUCUGUCGAUGCGCUCCCGCAUGCAGCUUUCCUACUCUGCCUUCCAGAGGCCCUGCUUCCUAGCCUGUCUGGUUCUGUUGCACUUCGCUGCUGCUUUCGGUCCAGUCACAUUACUGCGAGUUGACCAGCAGGGGGCACCACUCUGCCUCUUCCUCUCCCUGAUCUCCAGAGGUGCUUUUGUGGCUCUAGCUACUUUCUUAUCUGUUGCUUACUUUGUGUUCUACUGCUAUGUACGUGCCGACUCCAAGCAUAUUUACCACCUGAACAACACCUCUCCGACGCCGGCCGAACGCUACAAUCGCUGCCCUUUUGCAGAGAGCCAAGACUGGGACCGAGCUGCGGUUGCAGUAUUCCUUUCUGCCAUCUUUUCUCUGGUCUGUGCCGGCCUCCAGCUCUAUGCCAUGCUGCAUGCCCUGGGUGUUGCUGGGGGGGCAGAGGUAUUCCAACCCUGGCCUUGGUGGACCUUCCAGUUUAGUUGCAGAGUUUGCGAGGCCGUCGUUUGCCUCACACUGGCGUUGGUGGUGUCCCAACCGGUUUACUGCUCAGAGCACCUCCCGCAACCUGGCAAUUGCUGGAUGGAAAUCUUAGCUGCAAAGUCCCCCAUCAUUCCUGGAAGCUACCAGUGGACCCUUACGCAGCAGGAGAAGCUGGCUAUCUGCGAUCCAAUCGGACAUGGUGAGACAGAAUGUCUACCCCUUUACACACUGGUGGAUGACCGAAUGGGCAGCCUUAAUGGACUGGAUCUCUUGUACCACAGUAACCGUGCUCUCGCCUACAGAGACUUGGACCUGGAUCUACCUGAAACCCUGCCAAACACUGGAGCUCCAUCUGUGGGUUCCUCCUUCACCAGCGACUCAACAGCAGAUCUGCGGCCUCCGUCACCUAUCAACCUGCGCCGCAGCAUUGACGAAGCACUGUUCAGCGAAGCACUUUUCCCAAUGAGCCUCUUCAGCCCCAUGAGGCCCUUUACUUCCAGCAACCACUCCUUGGAGGGCAGGGACACAGGUUCUAGCAGUGGGCAAACUCUCAAAGACACUCAUCCGUCUGACCCAGGCUUGUACCGAACCUCCUCCUGUGUGGAGAUGUUACCCCAAGCCCCUCUCCCAGUUCCAGCCCAGCAGGAAGCGUCCUUCAUUCCCUCCCCUUCUCCCUCACCGACAUCCUCCUGCUGUUCAUCUCCAGAGCACUGGAGAGGCAGCUCUAGCUCUUGCUCCCUCUACAGGCCAUCCAUAGCUGGCUCCUCUCUGGUGCUUUGUUCUAGUCCAGAAGGACACAACCCUCCUCCACCUUCUACAAUCAGUGGAAGCUCUGGACACACUGCCCCCAACACUGCCCUACAGGGGUCCGGCCAGCAAAGACAUUACAGAACUCAAAAUUUAGAACAGCAAAAUGAACUUGAUCAGUCUGUGCAAGAAGAGUUUAUCAGUGUGUGCAGACAGAUAGAUGCUCUCAGCAUCUGCAGUGAGACUAUCGACCUGUAGAAUAAGCACUCCAGUAGAGCACACAUGCAGAAAAUAAAUAAAUGUAUGACAGUAAUGGACUGGAUGAAUAACAGUGAGCAAGUAUAUGAGCAAGUUGUUUGACGAUUAUCUGUUACCAAGGUGCUAUAGCUGAUCUUGCUUGUUCCAGAUUGUGGCCUGAAAGCAAUGGUUGUCCAGUGAGAUGAAAAUGUGCCAAAUGUUUGAUAUGUAAGAUUUAUCUAUAACGAUGAGCGACUUUUUUGGGACGAUUCCAUUCUGAAUAACAAGUGCCACCAGCUGCCAAAAGCUACGAAGACGUAGACAAAGUUUUGUAGAAUAUUUCUCAAGGUUAUUGGUCAAGAACAUUUGUAAAGCUUUUAUGGAUUUUCUCAAGAACUUUAAAAGUGGAAUUUGUACAAGGUUUGUACAAUACCUGACUCUUUGUCGAUAUGGAUACUACUGUGAGUGAAAUAAGACUACUGACUACCAUACUGUACUACAUGUAACUCCAACUGUUAGCACUACAGAGGUUAGAUAUUAAAAAAUAUUUAACAAAUACAUUUAUUCAGUAUCUUUAGAGUUGGCCUUCGCUUGUACAGCUUCACCAUAUUAUUCUGAGGCAGAUUCCUGUGACCAAAUUUGGUGUGGGUGGAGCUUUGCAGGUUUAAAGGGGAAUAAAACUUGCCCUGUAUCUUCAGGAGACUCUAUACUCUCUAUACUGCCAGUGAAGCACCCUCUACUGGUGGCUUUAGUUAAUAUCUCAUUUAAGCUUUUUUUGUUUUCUCUGUAGCAUCAAGUUGGCUCUGGAUAUGAGUGACUGCCAUUCAUCUCUCUCAUUUAAAAUGUUUAAUAUGAACUACAGUUAAGUUAAUUAUUUAUCUGUGGAGUCUCAGGCCAUCAUUUCCAUGCAGUUUAAAAUAAAGACAAAUAACUUUUUGUUCGUUU